ACAAAAAAAUGUAUACAUGUAUACACAUGUUCAUCCUCGUCCUAUACAUUUUAGUAACUCCUCAAAUAAUACCAUAUGCUGUUGGAGAUUAUUCUAAAGAGGACAUCAAUCGUCCAAAACCCGACUUAUAUUCAGUUAAUCACGUUAACAGACUGAUGAAUAUCUUUCCUAGACAACAAAUUGAUAACAGGAAUAGAGGCUUAUGGGCGUUACCUUAUCCUUUAUCCACUUACAAUGGCUACGAUUUAGAAGGGACUGUGCCACCAGGGCACAUGAUGAAGCGUGAUGGUCCUCCACUGUCCAUCGUCAACGCAUUAGAUGUUCUGAGACAACAGCUAAUGUUGGAUAUGGCAAGACAAAAAAUGAGAGAGAAUCAAAAUAAAAUACGUCAAAACGAUGAAUACUUAAAGAAUCUCGGAAAAAGAAGCAUUUCCUCUCAGAAAGAUGUUUCCAGGUCUAUGGAUGGUCUGCACAGGUCUUCGUAUCUAGAUAAAAAGUGGUGUAUCCAGGAUUUUCGUAAUAUGGAUGCUGCUGGAUUCGGAGGGACCAAG